AUGGGCAUAUGCUCGUCGUCUCGAUGUUAUGUGGUCACGGAUGCAGACAGGGCCCUGCAUAGGCAAGCUGAAGAGGAGCUCGAGAAGCCACACCGCCAGGCCAAGGCGAAGGUGGCGACACAAGUCAAGGUACGUUAUUCAUCCGUGCGACUCGGACAGCAAAUGCGCCUCAUCUGCAACAUUCCAUUCUCUCAGCAAGACAUCGAAUACUAUCGGCAGAUGACGCUUGACAAUCUUGUCGAUGGAAUGAGGUGUAUCCUCUACGCGAUGGAAGACAUGAAUCUGAGGGUUUCAGAUGCUAACAUAAAAUAUAUCGAAUUCAUGUACUGGCCUCAUGUGAGGGAUGGUGAGCUAUUCCCGAGACGGUACUAUGAGUCACUCAAGGCGCUAUGGGGUGAUCCUGAUGUUCAGAAAGCUUGGCAGAGAGGAAACGAAGCGGCCUUGCCUGAAAAUUUGGGAUAUUUAUUCUCGGAUCUUGAUAGGUUGUUUGACCCCCGGUAUCAGCCAACUGAACAAGAUAUCAUGCAAUGCCGUGUUCGGACGAUUGGGAUCACGGAAACGGUCUUUCAUCAUUGGGAACGCGAGAUCACGAUUAUUGAUGUCGGUGGCCAAAGGUCUGAGCGUAGAAAGUGGAUACACUGCUUCCAGGACGUGACGAGUAUCUUGUUCUUCAUCAGCCUAAAUGGCUAUGACCAGUGUCUGGUCGAGGACAACGAUGCGAAUCAAAUGCAGGAUGCGAUGACCGUAUGGGAAGCGAUAUGCCGAUCGCAUCGGUUCAAGCACACUUCGAUUAUCUUAUUUUUGAACAAAAAUGACCUCUUCGAAAAGAAGAUACCUCACUCUGAUACCAAAGACUUCUUCGCGCCAGGCGAUGCCCGUGCAGGUCGUGAUUACUUCAAGCGUCGCUUUUCGAAACUGGCCACUAAUACUGGUCGGAACACGGAGAGGGAGAUCUAUAUUCAUGUAAUCACAGCGACUGAUAUCACUACGCUUCGGCUUGUAAUGUUCACUGUGAAAGGUACGCUACCUUACCAACGAUCCACCAUCUCAGUCGCCAGCUGA